UACCAUGCAACAAAACACAUAGCUAUAUUAACCAUGAAGCUUCUUGGGUUCGCCUUAGCUAUUCUAUUAGCUGUGACGACUUGCAAAGCUGAUGAAGAGAUUACUUGCGAAGAAAACGUUCCAUUCACAUGUAGCCAAACAGAUCGUUUCAACAAACAAGAUUUCGAAAAAGACUUCAUCUUCGGUGUUGCAUCUUCUGCUUACCAGGCAUGUUGCAAAGGUCGUGGACUUAACAUUUGGGAUGGCUUCACUCACCGAUACCCAGAGAAAGGUGGACCCGAUUUGGGAAAUGGAGACACUACUUGUGAAUCGUAUACGAAUUGGCAGAAAGAUAUAGACGUGAUGGACGAACUCGGAGUUAAAGGCUAUAGAUUCUCCAUUGCGUGAGACGAUUUCAAAGAUUACGCAGAUCUAUGUUUCGAGAAAUUUGGUGAUAGGGUAAAGCAUUGGAUCACCAUCAACCAGCUUUUCACCGUGCCUACGAGAGGCUAUGCAUUAGGAACAGAUGCACCUGGUCGAUGUUCCCAGUGGCAUGAUAAAAGGUGUUACGGUGGAAAUUCUUCAACAGAACCCUAUAUCGUUGCGCACAACCAGCUUCUUGCUCAUGCCAUGGUCGUCGAUCUUUACAGGACACAAUAUAAGUACCAAGGUGGGAAGAUUGGACCUGUGAUGAUAACUAGAUGGUUUCUUCCAUAUGAUGACACUCUAGAGAGCAAAAAUGCAACUGAGAGGGCCAAAGAAUUCUUCUUGGGAUGGUUCAUGGAGCCGCUAACAAAGGGUAAAUACCCAGACAUCAUGAGGAAACUUGUUGGUAAGCCGCGGCUUCCAGAGUUCAAUGAAACAGAAGCUGCCCUUGUAAAGGGUUCAUAUGAUUUUCUUGGUCUCAACUAUUACGUCACUCAGUACGCCCACGCCCAAGACCCAAGUCCUCCGGAAAGACUAACUGUCAUGACGGACUCACUCGCAAACCUCACAUCUUUGGAUGUAAAUGGUCAACCCCCUGGUCCACCGUUCUCUAAAGGCAGUUAUUACCACCCAAGAGGCAUGUUAAACGUAAUGGAGCACUUCAAAACCAAAUACGGUGACCCUUUGAUCUAUGUCACCGAAAACGGAAUGAGUACCCCCGGUGGCGACAUACCCUUUACCGAGGCAUUUCACGAUUACGAGCGGAUUGAUUAUCUCUGCAGUCAUCUCUGUUUUCUCCGUAAGGCCAUCAAGGAGAAGCGUGUCAACGUGAAAGGAUACUUUGCUUGGGCUCUUGGGGAUAACUACGAAUUCUGCAACGGCUUCACCGUCAGAUUCGGACUUAGUUACGUUGACUUCAAUAAUGUCACUGCUGAUAGAGACCUCAAAGCAUCUGGCUUAUGGUACCAGUCGUUCUUAAGAGAUACCACCAAGAACCAAGAUCUCCUCCGCUCAAGCCUCUCCUUCAAGAACCUUGAUAGGAAGAGCCUCGCAUGAAAGCCCCAAACCACUUUAUGCCUAUCAAGAUCAUCUUCAUGUUUCCUCUUUCUAGUUGCUCUAUAUGGAUAAAAGGAGCUUUUUCUACCUACUGUAUUAAAUAAAAGAUGAUCAAACUU